CAAGGUGUCUCCCUCCUUCCUCCUCUGCCUGCCCUCUGCCCCUCCUUUAACCAGAAAGGCUUUCCCUAGCCCCCAUUCCUCCUUCCUCUGAGUACUGUACUAUCUCUAGUACUGAGUACUGUACUAUACUAGUACUCUAGUUUGAGUACUGUACUGUAUUAGCUCUCCUAACCCCAGCCCCUGUCUCCAGAUUUUCUUCCAAUACCGAUUCAAUGUAUCCCCUGCCUCCUAGCUCCAAUUUGUGCUCCUUCUAUUCCAAUCCAAGGCAAUCCCACAGCCUCCAUUUUAGCUCCUCUCUCCAACCCAGACUCAAAAGUAUCCUGCCUCCUUUCUACUUCCCAGCUUGUUCUCUCCAAUGCUUAUGGUUCUCUCUCUCCUGCCCCUAGAACUCUGCUCUUUCCAUCAUUGACAAAUCUUGCUUUUACCCUAACUUCAGUAACUUCACAUUUGUCCUCCACUGCCUGCUGUGUCUCCUAUAACUGAGCCACCAUAGUAUCCUAGGUGGAAGCUCCCCUGGAACAGAGGGAGAUGCCCAGGAUGAACCACUGAGGGUGAAUCGGGAUGAGCAAUGCCCUUUGAUCUCAGACACUAGGAAACAUGAUUUAUCCUUAUGGACUCUCUUGGAUAGCUUAGGGUUUGGCUCUGAAUUAUAUUUCCAGGGUAAUCAGAGAUCUUCCCCAUUCCUAACCCAUCUUAUUAAGCUGAAUAUAGCUGGUUCUACUGACCGAGACCAUUAGUGUGAGUGAUGAAAUUCUAGAGGCUUUAUCCAGCUUUACUAGGAACAAAAUGUUUGGAUAAGUCCUAUUUUAUCACAAAACAAUGCAGUUCCUGCCUCUUGGUCCAGGUCACACCCACUUCAUAGCAUUUUAACUUUACUCCUACCUACACUUCCUUGGGUUCCCUAAUGUCAAGAGAUCUAUCUGUGCAGCAUCUGCUCCUUUUGAAAGAGAAUGACACAAAGACGUCAGGAAGUCUAUCAGCUGUACAAAACUGGAGAAACCCUCUAUGAAGUGCUAGAGCUGCCUCAGGGAGCAACACCUGAGGAGAUCAGUAAAGCCUACAGGAAAUUGGCACGGAAGUACCACCCAGACAAGAAUCCAGAAGACCCUAAUGCAGCAGAGCGGUUCAAAGAGAUCAAUGCAGCCCAUUCGGUACUUGCAGAUCCUGAUCAGCGCCACAUCUACAAUCUGUAUGGCGACAAGGGUUUAUACAUGGCUAACCGAUAUGGCCCAGAAACUCUCAAAGUCUAUUUCAUUGUAACCAAGUGGUGGUUCAAGUGCCUGGUCCUCUUGUGUACACUUCUUUCUUGUUGCUGCUGCUGCUGCUGCUGCUGUUUUUGCUGUGGGAUGAACUUACCACCAGAAUAUCAUUAUUUUAAGUGUAACGGUGAUCUACAGACACACCCUCCAGAGACAGAAUUCUCCAAUCUGAAUGAAGGAGGAGGAGAAGAAGAAGAAAAAGAAGAUGACGAUGAUGAAGACAACAAAGAAGAGGCACAGAAUGCAGAAACUGAAAAGCAACAGUAUUCAAGGAAAAGAGAAGAGGCUGAGGCAAAUAAUUAGUGAAAAAUUAUAUGACUUUAUUGUAUAUUGAUUACAAGUAAUAAAGGGUUUUUUCUGUA